AUGGCUUCCGCUGUUGAAUCUCCCCCGGCGCACUCGCCUCCAACUAAUCCUCCUCAGCGACCUCGAGGUAUCCUCAAGAACUCGUACAGGAAUUCUCCUCCUGCCUCGCCUGAACAAGAGCACGCAGCCAACGAAAAGGAGCUCACCAUCGCCAAUACGCACAUCAACGCAGGCCACCGACGUUCGUCCUCUGGCGCUCGCCCUACAGGAUCCAGAAGACAAUCCGGCGUCAACAGCUCUGACGGCCUCGAACAGUCUCAACGCCUCAAGUGGGACGAGGCUAAUCUAUAUCUCACGGAGCAAGAGCGCUCCUCUACUAUGAAAAUCACCGAACCAAAGACUCCCUAUGCCAAACACUACGACCCGGCCGAAGACCCAUCCGACGACGAGGGUCCUCUGGCGGACGCUGGUUCUCGCCUUCAGGAUUCACGUCCAAGCCGUGAAGAUGACAUUCCGGGCCUUUCGCUGGGCGAACCGGAAGAGGAGAUCCCGGAAGCGGGCGCGCCGUCACCCCGCGGCGAAAAGAGCGUCCACGUCGACGACGAGAGCAGCAUCGGCCACGACGCCGAGGAAGACUUGGCAGGCAUGUCUCCCGAGGAGCGUGAAAAGCACCGAAAGUUUGAACAGCUCCGCAAGAGGCAUUACGAAAUGAAGAAUGUGGCCCAGCUUCUGGGCCACCCCGAAGAAGAGGACGAGGACGACAAUGUGCCGCCCAUGCCACAGGUACCGCAAGUACCCAACGGCUCUGCGUAG